GUCGGCCCAUGGACGAGGUCGAGGCUGCGCUGGCCGCCAACUUUGCCUACGUGCGCGCGCUCGAGGCGUAUGUGCAGAAAUGCGACGCGAAGGAGGCCGAGAUCCACGACCGGUUGCGGGCGAUCCGCGCGCGGAAGCGCGAGCGCCACGACGUGGUGCUGGCGGACAAGGUCGCGGCCGCGACCGCCAACCGCGUCACGUACACCGAGGUGCACCUCGCGAUGCAGCCGCCGCCGCAAACCUUGGCACGCGGUACGAAGAAGCGGCUCCUUGGCGCAUACCGCGAGAAGCGGUCGGCGUUCUUCCAAGUGCCCUGCGCCCGGGUCCACGGCGGUAGCGUGAGCCUGUACUACACCAACCCGGACGUGCAAAACCUAACGAUCAUCCAGCAGCGGUACCCGGACCCGAAAAUGCUCUUGUUUCGCAAGUGGAAACCAUCCGAGGUGAGUGGCCUCAAUAAGGCAAUCGUCGCGCUCGACGCCGACGACGGCACCAUCGACUGGGACCGCGUGCGCGCCAAGGCCGGGCUGGCCGACCGCACACCGCGCGCGUGCCAGCUGCGACACUCGAUUCUACAAGAAGAGAUACUCGAGAAGGCGUCUGCGUGGACACCGCGCGAAGACGAAGCACUCUCCCGGCUGGUCGUCGCCGCGAGCCACGACUGGCAAGCGAUUGCCCUCGCCCUCCAUACCGAGCAUGGCUUUCCACGGCGUCUUCCCGUGUCGUGCCUCAUUCGGUACCAAACGAUCUGCAACAACGAGCUCUUUCCGAGCGUAUGGACGGAAGAGGAAGACGACCUGCUGCGCGCGGUCAUGACGACGAUGGCCGGGAACGAGACCAACAUUUGGCGCCUCGUGGCCGAGAAGCUCGCGAUCGGGCACACGCCCGACCAGUGUGGGUACCGGUGGCGCAACUCGCUCUGCCCGACCGUCACGACCGGCCACUUUUCGGUCGAGGAAGACCGGCGACUGCUGCUCGCCAUGUACGUCAUGGCUGCAGCUCCCGACGGCACUCUGACAAGCCGCGCGACUCUCGACUGGAACAAGAUCAAAGAUCUUAUGCCUGGUCGCACCAACGUCAUGUGCAGCCAGCGCUUCCGCGACUCGCUCAACCCGUUCAAAAAGUACGACCAUUUCACCGAAGCCGACGACACGGUGAUCGCCGAGGGCAUUCGGCUCCAUGGCACCAACGCCUGGUCGGAGAUUGCUGCCAUGCUGCCCGGGCGGUACCCCGAUCAGAUUCGGAAGCGCUGGCGCGCGAUCCAGUGGCGGUUCGAUGUGGUGGAAGACGACGCACCGACUGCGCGGGUGCGCGGGAAGAAGACUGCGUCGUCGGUUGGCAAGACGCUUCGCCGCACGACGCGCGUCGCAGGCCCCCCGACCAAGCGAAAGAAGAAACACAUCACCCCCACCACCCCCGGGGAGACCACCACCGACGACCUGCCCGAGGGCGUGUUCCUUAUUUAACUUUGAACAGCAGACUCCUACUGACGA